AUGGGAGCUCGUCGGGGGGUUGGUCCAGGUACGAAUGUUAGUGUUCAAUUUGACCCGUGGCUUGCGGAUGAGUCUCAACCGUGGGUUACUUCUAGAGCUACUGGUAUGGAGACGUGGACGGUUAAUAAUCUCAUGGUGGUAGGAGAACGGGCUUGGGAUUUAGAGGUGAUUUCAGAUAUAUUCAAUGACCGAGAUAAAGAGAUCAUCAUUCGAACUAAUAUUGAUCAGGAUACUCCUAUGGAUACUUGGUAUUGGCAUAAGGAUCUUUAUGGAUUCUAUACUGUGAGGGAGGCAUAUCGGUUGCUGCACCAUUCAGAGAUCACUAACACUAGUGAGUCUGAGAUUAAGAUAUGGAAAAUUGCAUGGAAGCUUCAUGUCCCUCCCAAAGUGCACCAACUCAUGUGGCGUGCUUUAUCUGGUUGCUUGGGUACUAAGGUUCAACUUACCACCAAACAUAUUCCUCUAGACCAAGCUUGUCCUAUGUGUAACCAGGAAGAAUUGCUCAUGGUUCUUUGGGCAAUUUGGUAUGCCCGAAAUGAGGUGGUUUGGCGGGACAAAUCAAUGUCAGCGGCGGAGGUUAUUCUAUUGGCAAGAGUAGCCCUUAAUCAAUGGAGAAAUGCUCAACAAAGGAGAAUGGGGUCUCUACUUGUUCCUACGGGUUCAAGAGAGGACUUAGAGCAUUGGGUGAAACCAGUUAUGGAAAAGAUUAAGGUUAAUGUCGAUGGUGCAAUCUUUGCAAGUGAUGGUCGAUUUGGAGCGGCAGGGGUGGCUGUUGUCCUCAAAAGUGCCACUUGGCGCGAGCUGGUUCGUUGGGAAGGAGCUGACGUGCGUGAGGUGGCGUGCGCUGGUUGGUUGGGCGCUGACGAGGUGGUGCCAGCUAGGAAGGAGGCAGCUGCUGGGCGCACGCGUGGCAGGUCGUGA